AUGUACCGGCGCAGCUACGUCUUCCAGACCCGCAAGGAGCAGUACGAACGCGCCGAUGAGGCGCCGCGCGCCGCCCAGCCCGAGAGCCCGGCCGAGGAGGGCCGGCUGGGGGCGCCGGGCCUGGCGGCGCUGCAGGGGCUCGGCGAACGCGUGGCCGCCCACAUCCAGCGGGCCCGCGCGCUCGAGCAGCGCCACGCCGCCCUCCGGCGGCAGCUGGACACCUUCCAGCGCCUGGGCGAGCUGGCCGGCCCCGAGGACGCCCUGGCCCGCCACGUCGAGGGCAACCGCCAGCGCGCCCGGGACCUGGUGGCCGAGCGCAGCCGGCUGGAGCGCCAGGGCGCAGAGGCGCAGCGCGCGCUCGACGAGUUCCGGAGCAAGUAUGAAAAUGAGUGUGAAUGUCAGCUGCUGCUAAAAGAAAUGCUUGAGCGGCUUAACAAGGAAGCUGAUGAGGCCUUGCUGCAUAACCUGCGCCUGCAGCUCGAAGCCCAGUUUCUGCAGGACGAUAUCAGUGCGGCAAAGGACAGGUAUAAAAAGAAUCUUCUGGAAAUUCAGACCUACAUCAGCAUCCUGCAGCAGAUCAUCCACGCCACUCCUCAAGCAUCCACCAUGACGAGUGGGAUGAGGGAGGAGAAGCUGCUGACAGAACGGGAACUGGGCGCCCUGCGGAGUCAGCUGGAGGAGGGCCGGGAGGUGCUGUCCCACCUGCAGGCACAGAGAGCCGAGCUGCAGGCCCAGACAACAACCCUGGAACAAGCUAUUAAAAAUGCCCAUGAGUGUUACGAUGAUGAGAUUCAGCUUUAUAACGACCAGAUCGAAACCCUGCGCAAGGAGAUUGAAGAGACUGAGCGGAUUCUGGAGAAGUCUUCCUAUGACUGCCGGCAACUGGCAGUCGCCCAGCAAACCCUGAAGAAUGAGCUGGACCGGUAUCAUCGGAUCAUCGAGAUCGAAGGCAACAGGCUGAGCUCUGCCUUCAUUGACGCUCCUGUCAUCCCGAGCCAUACAACUUCUCUCAGCCUUGGAUCCAGUGGGAAAGAUCUUGCCAGGGUUGUGCAGGAUAUAACAACAGCAAAACCAAGACAGAAAGCCCUUCCCAAGAAUGUACCAAGGAGAAAAGAGAUUAUAGCUAAGGCAGAUGAAACGCAGGAAGAUGCACCAUUAAGAGGUCUGGAAGAUACAAAGCCGGUGCAGGUGAUCCUUAAAGAGGAAGUUGAAUGUAAGCUUCAAUCAGGGGCUGAAGGAGCAAGUCCCCCAACACAAGAUGGGGCUCCGGAGGAUGUGCCAGAUGGAGGGCAGAUAAGCAAAGCCUUUGGGAAACUACGCAAGAUGAUUAAGGAGAAGGUGAGAAGCCCCAAGGAGCCCGAGCCCCCCACUGACCUCUACACCAAAGGGCGGCACGUGCUGGUCACAGGGGAUGCCAGUUAUGUGGACCCUGAGUUCUGUUCCUCCUCCCUCCCGGCCAAGGGUGGGGUGGCUGUUUCCACUGAGGAGGACACCGUGCAUCCUGAUGGCCAUGUGGAGCCCUCUCCUGAGCAGCCCAAGCCUCCUUUGGAGAAUGGACAGGGGGAAUCUCAUGGGGGAGAAGAUGGACAGCCGAGCAACCAGCAGUCUACAGACACAGAGAGUGAGAUAAGUGACAAAGAACUGAAAGGCCCCAGGGAGAAACAUGAUGGCCAGAAGGAGGAGGCGGGGUCCAGGAAACCCUGUCCUGGGGUCACACCUGGUCCAGAGGGACCAUCUACACAGCAGUCUCAAAGGCCUGGGGCCUAUCAGAAUGGAUCAGAGAAUCACGGGAGCAGGAGCAGCAGCCUGCCAGAAAAAAUCCCUCCCAGGGCUUUGGCAUAUAAGAAGGUAGAAGUGGUGGAAUCCAUUGAGAAAAUUUCGACGGAGAGCAUUGAGACGUAUGAAGAAACCUCUGUCAUCAUGGAGACCACGAUUGGAAAGACAAAGGCAAACAAGAAGAAACUGGGAGAGAAGGGCUCUUAA